AGGAUUGAUUCCUCAGCUCUGCUGGCCCCUGCUGGCAUGGACUCUUUACCCCCGCUCUGAUGUGGGGCACCACCAGCCUCUAUCUUGUUGUGUAUUGUACUGUACCUUAGUUGCAGUCUGGCAAUGUUUCCCUCCUGUUCAACUGUUUAACUCUUCAGCAUGGGAAUGUGUGUUUCUCUUCUCUUCAAAUGGAAAUAAUAAUUUACUGAUCCAUGUGUUAUAAUGGUGUCAACCCGAGGAGUGAGGGUGAAGUUUAGCGAGGGAGAAAGAGUCCUUUGCUACGAGCCAGAUCCUACCAAGGCUAAGGUACUCUAUGACUCGAAAGUCCUGGAAGUAGUGUUCACCAAAGAUGGUAAAGGGCGAAAGCACAUUGAAUACUUAAUCCAUUUUCAGGGGUGGAAUGCAUCUUGGGAUCGUUGUGUUUCGGAAGACUUUGUGUUGAAAGACACAGAUGAAAACAGGGAUUUACAGCGACAGCUUGCUGACAAAGCCCAGAUAAAGUUGUCUAUGAAAUCAAACAGGGUGCUAACUGGAGGUCCACUAUACAAAGAAAGGAAAAGAAAACGGCGACUGUCAGAGACAAUACGAGAAACGAUUGAAAAAGAGCGGCAAGAGAGGGAGCAGCAAGAGGAGUCAGAAACAAGUUCACAGACUGGGACUACUGGCACUGAGGACGAAGAAGUUGGCUCAGCCAUAUCCGAGGUGGAUAGCACGACAGGUGGGGAGGAGGAGGAGGAGGAGGAGGGGGAAGGGGAGGAGGAGGGGGAGGGUGAGGAAGAGGAAGAAGAAGAAGAAGAUGUCACUAGUGAUGACGAGACCAUUGAACGACAUUUCCCCAUUGUUUUGCCGGAUAACCUGAAAGCAGUCCUAGAGAGGGAUUAUCAUUUAAUCAAUGAUAGAGACAAGCUGCUAGACCUUCCGACCAAUAAAACAACCUUAAGCCUGUUAGAGAAUUAUGUGAAAUUUUUUGGUGUGCGUUACUUGGCUCGGACAAAAGAAAAAAGGAGGAAUGAAAUUAAAGAGAAAGACAAAUGCUUUCUUACAUUGGACUUGUGUAAGGAGGUUAUGGAUGGUAUUCGGAUUUGUUUUGACUUUCACAUAGAAACGCUACUUUUAUACGCAAAGGAACGUAGACAAGCUGAACGUCUCAGAAAUGCACAACCUCUUUAUAGUAAAGGAGAAAUGGACGGAUUUGAGCCAAUGUCAAUUGACGAAAGAGAAAAUUUUGAAAACAUGCUAGUACACAAGGAUGAAUUUGAUACAGAAGAUACAAAGUCUAAAGUGGAGAAUAUUCAAAAGGAUGAGGAGAGAAAUAAAACUGCCGAGACAACAGGUCGUCGCCUACUACGAUCAAAGAGGCCUCUUUCAGGGGACUCAAACAGCACCGUGGAACGUGAAAAGAGUGGAACAAACAACAUGACAUGUGAAUCUGGACGUAGCACUCCUACAACUAUUACUUCGGGUGCCAGCACGGCAGGCGUGAGUGGAGGUGCGGGAACAGACAUCAGCACAUCACUUUACCGAGCUAUCCCACCACAGCUCCAAGACUGGACUUUGUUGCCAGAAACGAACCGUGAUCCACCUCCACCAUCAAUUCUCUAUGGCCACAUACAUCUUCUUAGGCUUUUUGUGAAGCUUCCUGAAAUCUUGUUUCGAAUGAAUCUCCCGGAAGCCAAGAAGAAGAUUAUCAUCAAACACCUUGAUUUAUUUAUUGAGUAUAUCAGUAAUCAUAGUGAUGAUUUCUUCUUGGAGUCGCAGUAUAUUAACAACCCCGACGUGUAAUCUAGCUGUAAAUUCUUUGUUUUGCACGUGGCUGCAAAUUCCAUUUGUGAUGUGCCAUAUUUCACUUUUUGGCUGUGAUAGAUUGAAAGAUGUUCUUUAGGGGGUAAACUGUAGUAAGGUUAUUAAUGACCUGUACACUUUUCACCAAUUUCAAAGUGCAUUUCAGUAAAUCUGUAGCAUGCUAUCUGUUAUGAUUAGCUGUAUUUAUAGAUCGGUUUAAAUCUACAAAAGUAGCCUACUAAACUGAUUUGUGUUCACAAACUUCUGUACAAUUUAGUGUAAGUGUUACAACUCAUUUCCCUGUAUUUUUAGCAUAUUUUGUAUACUGUAUUAUAUGUGGCUGUGUAGAGUCUUAUUGUCAUGCAUUGAAUGUUAUUUGCUAGGAAAGUGUGUUAGUAUUUCAGACAAAAUGUAUAGUACCUCACCUUGUCAUAUUUUGGUAGUCAGAAAAUGUUUGCUAUCCAAGAAGAAAUUGUAAGUUUAUCAAUAAAUAUUUUCAAAUAA